AUGGCGGACAUCCCUGUUUUCACCUUGAACGAUGGCACGAAGAUCCCAUCAGUUGGAAUGGGGUGCUGGAUGGGGUCGCCUGGUGGAGGAGAGAAAGUAGAGAUCAUGUGCAAGAAAGCGAUCGAGCAUGGCUAUCGACACUUCGAUACUGCCAGCGGAUAUGGCAACGAGCAACAUGUCGGGAAAGCCAUCAAGGAAUCCGGGAUCCCGAGAUCGGAAUUCUAUGUCACGACCAAGCUCCCGAAUACCGACCACCAUGAUGUUCAACAUGCAUUUGAGGAGUCGUUCAAGAACUUGGACUGCGAUUAUAUCGACUUGUACCUGAUGCAUUUCCCCCAGGCUGUUAUCGUUGAUGCCAACACUAAACCGGAAGAUGCUUGGCUUUCUGAGCCCUUGCCCCCUGAUGCGUCACCGACUUUCGUGGAAACCUGGCAGGCUAUGGAACAGCUGCUAGGCACAGGCAAGCUCAGAAGCAUAGGCGUAUCCAACUUUUCGAUCAAGCUCUUGGACCAGCUUCUUCCGCGUGCUACGGUCGUACCCGUAGUCAACCAGGUCGAGCUGCACCCAUGUCUCCCUUCCAACGAGCUCAUUGCGUACUGUCGGUCGAAGGAUAUACUUCCUGUGGCAUAUUCGCCUCUCGGCCAAACCCAACCCGUGUUCUUCACAGAGCCCACCGUCACCGCCAUCGCUCAGACUCACGCCGCGACCCCUGCUCAGGUCGUUCUUAGCUGGGGUGUUCAGCGUGGGACGCCUGUCAUCCCAAAGAGCGAGAACGAAGAUAGAAUGAAAGCUAACAUCACGCUCUUAACUCUUUCGCCUGAAGAAAUGGCGAGGAUUGAUGCAAUUCAUAAGAAGCCCGGAAUGCAUAAAGCCUUGACCACCAUUCAUGUACCCGGCAGUAACAAAACCUUCGGAUGGACCUACGAGCAGCUUGGGUGGAACUUUAUUGAGGGAGGCAUAGUCCCCGAAAGCGAAUGA